AGGGAGGGAGGGGGGAAGAAGGCGAAAAGUUUUGCACAAGUUGUGAAGUUGGUGGCAGGGGAGCCGCUGGCCGGGCGGUGGGAGCUGCCCCUCAGCAGGAUGGACGCGCUCAAGUCUGCGGGAAGGGCCAUCAUCAGGAGUCCCAGCAUUGCCAAGCAGUCCUGGGGAGGAGGGCGGCACAAGAAGCUUCCUGAAAACUGGACUGAUACCAGGGAAACUCUGUUAGAAGGAAUGCUGUUUCAUCUGAAGUAUUUGGGCAUGACCUUGGUGGAACAACCAAAAGGGGAAGAAUUAUCUGCAGCUGCAGUGAAGAGGAUUGUAGCAACAGCCAAAGCAAGUGGGAAGAAACUACAGAAGGUGCUUUUGAAGGUCACUCCCAGAGGCAUAAUACUUUAUGACAGUGUCACCAACAAGUUGAUUGAAAACGUGUCAAUUUAUCGAAUAUCCUAUUGUACAGCAGAUAAGUUACACGACAAAGUUUUUGCCUACAUUGCCCAGAGCCAACAGAACGAAACCUUGGAGUGCCAUGCUUUUCUCUGCACAAAGCGGAAAAUGGCACAAGCAGUUACUUUAACAGUUGCACAAGCUUUUAAAGUGGCAUUUGAAUUUUGGCAAGUUUCCAGAGAAGGUAAAGAGAAGAGGGAAAUAUCUGGCUCUGAUGGUGAAGGCACAAGUAGUUCUCAGUCAGAAGGGUCAUCAAGUAUUGCUAGCCUUAAAGGAGCUACAGGUAAUCUGUUAGACUUGGAAGAAGCAACCAAAACAUUUGAUGCAUUAAAUGCCAGCGACAAUCAUUUUGAAGGUAUAUUUGGUCAAAAUGCCCCCAACGAGAACAACAAUGUAAUGUGGGAACUUGAUGAUGGACUUGAUGAGGCAUUUUCCAGACUUGCAGAGUCCAGGAACAACCCUCAGGUUCUCGACAUCGGAGUGACUGAGAAUGAUAUCCAGCCUGAUGAAUGCUUCUCCCCUACUACUUGGGACAGAAUGGAGUUGAACCCUGCAGAUGGAGAUGAACUGUUUACAUUCUGACAUUGAUAAAUUGGUCUUCUGGUUUUCAGUGCAAUAGUCCCUACAAGAGCAAAUAAAAUAUCUGAUAAUGAAUGCAUUUGACGUGGGACCGUAAAACCAAAGCUUUAACAUAAGUCUUAUUUUCCACAAUAUAAUGUCGGAAAGUAGACUAGUGAGAGAAAUUAUAUAUUUUUACAUACAGUGGCAUGCCGUGGCUUUCUUUCUGGAAUAACAAGAGUUAAAUAACAUUUCAUUGUAAACCCAUAAAGAACUUGCAUUUGAACUGUUUGGAAAUAUAAUGUUACAACAACUUUUUGCUUCAGUAUUUAAGCUUUUUUUUUUUGUAAGUAUUUUAUUACUUUUGGCUAAUAAGCAGCCAACUGUAAUCAAAGAUAUGAUAUACAUUUGCUCUGGUCAUUCACAAGCUCAUUUUUAGGGUGUUUUUAUUAUUUUUCCCUAGUCUUCACGCUGAUAUAUACAGUAUUUUUUGACAACUUUUUUUUAUAUAUAUACUUACAUUACAUUAUCGCACUUCAGUGAGGACUGCACUUUUAAGUUUUUUUUUUUUUUUUUUAAUGAACAAAAUGGAGACUGAAAAUAUUCAUCCUGCUUGCAUGCUUUAUAUAUAUUUUUUUUAUUUGUUUAAUACUGUGCAGGUGAAUGCAGAAUUCUGCAUAUACCAAGAAAUUAAUGUUUCAAGUGUUCCAUGUCUAACUUGCACAGUCUUAAUGUUUUCAAUUCUUCCCUCAUUA